AUGUUCGUUUUUAUUAUUUUUGCAAUAUUUUUCUAUGAAUCUACUGAAGUUAUGCUAACUUUCUACGCGACUUAUGAUUCUUCAAGUUGUACUGCACUGUCUACACUUUCUUGGGAUGAUUGUGUCACAAAUUGUGAUGAUAAUUCAACUUGUUUUGUGAGUUAAGGGCGUGAAGUUAGGUUAAGUUAAGUUAAGGGCUUUUAGAAGGGUUAGAAGGUUAAGCUAACUUUAACCUUUAUUUAACUUAAGUUAAUUUUAUAUAAAGUUCAAAUGUUAAGUUAAGGUAAUCUUAAAUUAAAAGUUUAAGUUAAAAUGAAUUAAGUCACGUUGAAUUGAAUAAAAAAUUAAGUUAAGUUAGCAUCGUCAAUAACGCUUGAAAGUGUUUUUAAAGUAAGUAAAGUUUCAGAUUUUAAUAAGAAGGACUUACACUAUUCCUAAGGAAGUCAGGGAGAUGUUAAGAUAAGUUAAAUUCAAAUUCCUUUUCAGUACGCUCUCAACACUGCUGAUAUCCCGUGCAGCAGUUGUGGAUACGGCGAAAUAACGGGAAUCGUCUAUUCAAGUUCAGAAACUGACACGAUUAUCUCACUUAAAAGUGACGUCACUGAUUGUCAAACCGCGCAAGAACUAUUAGAAGCUCAGCAAAUCGAUAAACUGAAAAGUUGUUACAUUGGCUACAACAAAAUUAUCCGAGACGACUAUACGAUUUGUUUCACUUGGAUGAUUUAUGCGUAUUCUUUUAAUCGAACUUUGGCCACAACUUAUUGUGAUAGUUAUGAUGGGGUUAUAUUAGGAUUAUGGACUGGAGAUGAAAGAGUGUAUUUUUCGAAUACAACUAAUGAAUUCUAUAGUUCUACCUAUAGUAUCUGGAUAAAUUAUCAAACUUCAAAUGGUAUAAAUUGGACAUCUACAGAUCCAUAUUUACCAGCUGGGGGAGAUGAUAAUAAUAUUGUUUGGGCAAGUGGUCAUCCAAUUUCUGGAAAUAAUUGUGCAUCGCUGCAAGCUGGGACCUAUUUGGUGCAAAGUGAACCGUGUACCGGGACAACUUGUUCUGCAACGUAUUGCCCAAGAAGUAUUAUUUGCGGGAAUUUGAUUGGAUAA